GAAAUCGGGUUGCAAGUCCAACUGCGCUGGAUCAAACCGGCGAAAGUCUAUGUAGAACCAGAGCGUACAAGCUGUUCUACCCCCAAAGGCUCAGAAAUGUGAACAACAUCUGGCGGACAAUCGUCAAUAUCGAGAAUGAGUAUGAGCAAGGAGUUGAGGUGAAGUCCUGUGCCAGGGACGGAAUGUGCAGCAGACUGGAUUCGGCCAAUAUUCCAUUCGGGUUCACCAGUUACUGUGACCAAGAGUUCAUUAGCAAGGAAUUAAUGGUUUACAACAGUAGCACAGCGUUUGAUUUAUUCCGGUUUCCUUCGUGUUGUGUGUGCAGGAUUAAGAGAGCUUCGCUCUGACAAAACGCGCAUUUCUCGGGAAAUAAAGCCAAAUUUACAAACAUACAAAUCGUAUAUUAAAUAACAGAGUCUAUGUACAGUAAGGAAUAAAUAAACUUUAAAACGAAA